GACAACAACAAAAUAUAUGUACAACAGACUAUUUUGCGAUAAUACAUAUCCAUCGGCGGAAACACGAAAUGACAGAUAGUACUACUACCACUAUCGAGCACUCCAAAGAACCCUUGAACCAGGAGCCCCCAAUACAGAAACUUGUAUCUAGUUUCCUAACCAAGACCGAAGCAACUUAUGACCGCAAUCAUGGCCCAAUCCCUCACCUCAAUAGCGAAAACCAUACAGUCACAAUAGACGGACAAGUAACCUGCCCCCUAAAGCUAUCCAUAAACGAUCUCACGUCCGAAUUCCAGCAGCACGAGGUCAUAUCGGCCCUCCAAUGCGCCGGUAAUCGUCGCGAUACAAUGAGCACGCAAUUAAAAGAAGUGCAGGGAAUAAACUGGCAAGACGGGGCAAUGAUGAAUUGUAGAUGGAAAGGCCCCCGGUUACGAGAUGUGUUACUUGCGGCUGGUGUGGAUGAUCACGUCGGUAAGGAAGGGAGGUUUGUGGCUUUUGGAUGUUAUCAGGUUGAGUGUCAGGAUGAUACCUGGUUUGGCGGGAGUGUGGAAUUGGAGAGGUGUAUGAGUGUGGAGGAUGAGGUUAUUCUUGCAUUGGAGAUGAAUGAUGUCCCCCUGACCCCAAACCACGGCUAUCCAGUCCGAGUCGUCAUCCCGGGCGUCGCGGGUGCCAGAUGGGUGAAAUGGUUGGAUCGCAUCACAGUUCAAAACGAGCAUAGUCAAAACUAUUAUCAGCAAUAUGACUACAAGGCUCUGCCACCAGAAAUCACCAGUUCGGACAAGGCAAAGGAUUAUUGGAUGAAAGUGCCUCCAUUGUUGGAUAUGCCGAUCAAUUCCGUUGUUGCAUCCCCAGAUGAUGGCGAGACGGUCAAGCUGUCUAUGGAUCGCAGGGUUGAGGUUAAGGGGUACGCUGUUCCGCAGGGUCGUUGUGGUCCAGUUACUCGGGUUGAGGUCUCCGGGGAUGGGGGUGGGACAUGGGUCGAGGCUCAGCUGGGUGUCCCCAAAAGUAAGAUUAAUGAUAAGUGGUGCUGGAAGUUAUGGAAGGCUUCGGUACCUAUGGAGCGAGGUACUGGAAAAGUCUUGCUGAGUCGGGCUUAUGACGCUGCAGGCAACACUCAGCAGGAAACAUCGCUGUGGAAUUUGCGUGGAGUCGCAUAUAAUGGAUACGGAAUGUCGAAGGACUUGACUGUUGAAUAG